CACAUGCAAAGGAUUGAAUGAGUGUGUUUUCAACUCUGACAAUUGUGUGUCAUACUAGAAAACUCUACGAAUGACGUGAUGAAACCGGUCUCAUCAAUAAUCGAAGCUCAAAAUCUUGUAUCCAUCUCGAUGUGUAUCUCUCUCCGUUUGUGAAUAUACAGAUGCAUGCGUACAUGAACAUACGUAUAUGCUCAGGCAGAUAAAAUACGAAACUUGCAUGCCAACGAGGGGUCCCACUACAGAGAUUUUCCGUCUGAGAAUAUCGAAGCCCCCAGUUCUGGUUGAAGAACACACGAUCAGCGUCCACCAGGGAGCCGUAGAAAUAAGGACAGCAAGCGCAGUCGUGUUGUCCAUUUUCUUGUUGGGGUGCAGAAAAUCGCGUAUUCGCAGGAGCUUGGCUCUUCCUGUUUUUCUGUUCUCUUCCUGUUCCCCACCUCCCUCCUCAGCACUAUCCUAUUUACCCGUGACUGCUUUCUUUCGCAGGUACACGCAGCUUUCGCGCACGCUGGUCAUAUGUUUUCUCUCCUUCUUUGCUCGCGUUUCUUUUCCCGCUCUCACGCGUUCCUGUCUGUCAUUUUCUGCUGCUCACGUAAAGUCUUAGAUAUGGAUACCCCAGGAACCCUAUCCAGGAGUAACGAGAAGGAACUCCGCGACAGCUCUGCCUCUUGCGGGUGCUUGUCCGCCGAGGCUUUUGAACACUUCCGAAUACGGGAGCAACAACUCCUCCAACUAAAUGAGGAACUGGAACGAAGGAAACACCAAUCUCUGCACGAUGCAGAAGAGCAAGUCAGAGAACUGAAAUCUUUGGCGACAGGCGCGCCCUCGAAAACGAUCUCGCUCCGACCGAAGUCUGCAGUUGCGUGCCAAAGACAACAAUCCACAGAGGGAAUUUCGGGCGAGAGAAGCCCGGUAUCUCUUUCGGGGAAGCCUGCAGAUGGAGUAACCGAACUGCGAGCGCAGAGCGCCUGCUCUCGUCCAUCUGCGUCGCUAAAAAGAUAUGGACAGGAACAUCCGUCUGUUACAGAGGUAACGGGGUCGCCGACAAAGAAAGUUCACCUGAGGGAAAGUGUACUGAGGGAUCCUUACGCUUCGGGACAGCAUGGAGCGACAGUUGAAGAAGAGUACAAGCGACUCGUUCAACAAGGGAGCAGCGCUAUCGGCAAUGGUUUGGGUGGCGACCACCUCGAGAGUUUAACUGCGACAGUGCGACUGCAAAAGAGCCGACUUCUUACACUUCAAGAAGAGCUCGAAUCAAGAGCCAAGGAAAUCCAGACCUACGAACAAGAUCUGCAUUCGUCGCAGAAUCAUUCACGGUUCCUCACUGACGAAAAUGAAAAGCUCAAGCGAAAAAUCAACCAGCUCAUCUCCCAAGGAGAAAAAAACAAAGCGAGUCACGCUGAGCUAAGCUCGAAGGUCGACGCACUGGAAAGGCUCCUUGCUGACUCACGAGCUGAAAACGACAGAUUAACAACAGCAGCGAAAAAGACUGCUGCUGAAUUGAACAGUAAAGAGGCUCGCGUAACCCAUCUAACAAAAGAACUCGAGAGAACGAAAGAGCAGCUCAAUGAGUGGAGAAGCAGCAGCAAAGACCGAUCGUCGGAUUUGAAGCAAAUGGAGAAGCUGGCGGCGGAAAACAAAAAACUUGAGAACCAGAGAAACGAGUUGGUCUUGGGUUUCAAAAGACAGAUGAAACUUAUCGAUAUCCUGAAGAAGCAAAAGGCACACAUGGAGGCUGCGCGCCUUCUCAGCUUCACUGAGGAUGAAUUCCUCAAAAUUCUGCAAGCUGACGAAAGGAACGGAGCAUUGUGAGUAGUGUGUCCUUUCUGUCUGUGAGGUAAAGGAGAUGGAAAUACGCGUGGUCAAAUCGGACCGCCCAGUCGAGUUUUCCUUGUGUUGAAAACCGAAAACGAGUUUUCCACGCCGAUCUGAAGACUCAGACCCGUGUCUGGUUAUUGUCAGCAUUAUAAGCCCGUGAAAUGCUUAUAUCGAUAUGACUACAGCUGUACAUUCAUACGUGGGAUACUGCUGCUUUGAGUGGACAAGUGCUGCGUGUAUGUCAGCCUCUCUCUUUCGUCGAAGCUUCGUAUCCGCUGAUUUACAGCAAAGAAAAAACUGAAGAACGCCGUCUUACAGGACGAGCAACAGUUUCUCUCUUGCUCGGCUCGCUGUAUUCCCAACCAGGGUUGUGUUCGGUUCUUUUUUGGGUCCUCCAGUAGUUGUUGAACGCAGCGAAUCGCCAGCAUCUCAACAGUAGUUUUAGCCAACUAGAUUCCUUACGCCUCCUCCCGCUCCUCUGCCAUUUUUGCAGGAAAAACAUUGAACGCAGGAUGUUCACAAAACCGACGACCGCACAAAAACAUAAGC